AUGUUGCUCUACCCCGCCCGCGCAGUGACCGCCUCCACUGGGCUCGGCCGGCGCGCCGCCUCUUCCCUCGCGCUCAAGUUUCCCAACGCCGUCUUCAAUGCCGUGCUCCACAAGUCGCCACAGACGCUGAACAAGGUCCAGUCUGAGCUCAUCGACCUCUCGUCCGCGAUUGAGAGCGUGCCCGAGCUCAACGCGUUCGUCUCGAACACAACCCUUAGCACGAACGACUGCGUCUCGGGGCUCAAUGCGCUCUAUGCCACUGCUGAGAUUCCAAAGAAGGAGCCCAACGGCCAUCUCGCCGAGGCUCACGGCGUCAUUGAGGGCUUCAACAAGCUAGUCUCCCAGUACAAGGGUGAGCUCACCGUGACCAUCACCUCCGCUGCGCCUCUCCCCAGUGACAUCCAGCGCAAGCUCGAGUCCUCGCUGAAGCAAUCACGGGAGCUGCCCAGACGGAUGUUGCCAUUAUUGUUGUCUCCGCUACUGAUGGAUGGGUUUAUCACCUUUGUGGGGAACAAGCGUUCUAACACAAUAUUGUCUGGGUCAUUCAGGUAA